GAUGCAUUUAUAGCCUAAUGAACUUUAUUUUGUUCCAUAAUACGAGCUUGCUCAAGAACUUGAUUAAGUGUCUACCCAGCGAAUGUCUCUCGCCCGUCUAGAACAAAGACUUUUGUAUUUUUGUUGAAAUUACCACGUUUUUCAAAAAGUUGAUCUUCGACGAACUCGUCUGCUACAGAGAGCCCUUUCCGUCAGCGACAAGCCGCCCGAACCAAACAAAAUUCGAACGUGAAAACAUCUGACUGGCCAUGUGAAUGCUUGACCCGCUCGGUACUGCACCGGCGCCAAAAAUCUACAGACAUCCGCUGAGUGAAAUGUAUUGAUAUGAACUGUAUCAGCCAGUUAGUAGUGGUUGUAUUUUGAAAAAUUGUAAUUAAAAUAGUGCUUCGUGUUUAUGCCAAAUCUACGUACUCUAAAGUUGGUGAAGUUACACGAUUUUGUCUUUGCACAGCUUUGUAAAUAAGUUCAAAGUUUGUCUUCGAUUUGCCAGUGAUACUGGCGUCGACAUGAAGCAUUAUAUCCUAUUUAUAGUACGAGAUACGUACGAUCCUAGUCCGAUAAUUAGAUUUUUGGAGGAGUUUCGUCAUGAAUAUUGCUCAUUGUCUAGACACCUAGCCGUAUCUGGAGCUCCUCACCUACGGCAGUUUGUGCAAUGUGGGGGACGCGUUCACAUUGCCGUGAUUCACGCAACGCUAGCUCCAGUCAAAGCAUGUCACAGUAUGGUGAAAUGUUGGUACGACAGCGAUUUCGACAAGAUGGAGACAGCAAUUGAAACAAUCUAUAAUGUUCUUCAUCCGCUAGCAGAAAACGUUAACGAUUCUAUCCUUAUACGGCAUUCCGACGCCACGAGCCUUAUCAUGGAUCACCUGCUCGACUCGUUGCCUGACUCUGACGUUGCCAAACUUCAUGUGGUCCUGGAUGAACAACUAGUGCCGUUGUGGCCGUUUACGACAGCCUGUGAACAACUAGCGGGCAGUCUUCUUCGAAGUGCUGAAUGGCACGCUGCGGUUUUCUACCCUUUGGGACGCGAAUCUGCUCGAUCAAUCAUCGCGGAGUGGCUUGAAGUCCUCGAUGGGGCAGCUCCCGUAAAUCCUGCUGACAGAGUACUGCUCAGUACGCAUAUCGACAACUAUGUCGUCCAGAUUGCAGUAGACAUUGUCAGCACAGAACAUUUAAUCAAUCAAUCCUCGUCGGAGGAUGACUGCCCAUCUGGCGUUCGGUGGUCACCUAGCUGUGAGGUAGUCAGCCAGAUCCAAUUGCAAUCAGUACCGUUGACACUGUUCUGCGCCGGUCUUAGUAUGUAUGUCUCAGACACCGAAUUUCUGAAUCGACGUGGUCUGGGAUCGAAUGACGGCCUUUUGAUCAGAUUUAACGGCUGGACGGAGAAUACUCCUCUUCUUGAGUCUGCGUUAACAACUCGCAAUUGGCGUCAGGCUGUUCGACGUCGACAACUCGAGCCUCCGGUGAAUCCUGAACGACCGGAGCCAACUGUAGCAAUGCAUUUCCUCCUCACCACUAGCGGAACGGUCUAUCCACUAGUCAGCGAGGUCAAUAUGGAUUUCGUCUCCUAUUUCCGGCCGUUCCAGAACGUGACGCUGCCAGGCGCACUGGAUUUACCUAUUCUCGGACCAUUGCUUUCCAACGCAGAGGAUUGUAAACGCCUAGCCCAUCUACAAGCUACAGACCCAUAUCCUUAUCUGGCUGACCCAGCUGAUUUCCCCAUGCGUGCGCGUCUCCUGCCAGUCGAAGACAAUAAGGAUAAUCAGCUCCCAGCAAUAAAUGCAGUGGCAUGGAGUGCGAAAGAAAUUGCUGCGCUUUUUGAUAUUCAGUCAGGGUGCGCACUGGGGACGAGUGAAGUAAUUAUAAAUAUCCCGUCUAAGGGACUUCUAAUGAAGCCUACCUUGGACGUGUCCUCGGCGAGGCAAAUGCCCUGGCCAGAUAUUCUGUCUUACACGAGCCACGAUGUCUACUACAACCGAAGUGUCGAGGACGAGCGCUUUGAAAGAGCUUGCCAUCGAUGGAAGGAAGGGGCCUUAAGGAGGCCUACGGCAACAUCGCUCGACAGUCAACCAGGUGACAGUCUUGUUAGUAGGCGAGUCUCUCAAUUCAGCCGGACCAAUCGAUCGCGCCACUCGCCGCGAAAGAACCUGUUCGAGGCAAGCCCGCAAUCUCGAAGACGGAGCCCCCGGAAACAUAAGCAAAUCACUAGUCCUUUUAGAAAUUCAUCUCAAGUGUUACGGCGCAAUCCAUUUAAAGAUAUUCUUCGUGAGGUAUCUAAUUCGACCAUGGACAGUGAUGCCGGUCCUUCAUCAAGGCAGUCGUCUCUACAAAAUAUAGGCACGACCUCGCUACAGUCUUCAUCGAGCUGCAGGGUCCGUCCAUUCUCUAAAACAGAAUCUCAUGAAGAGGCCUUGCAGUCACAACCAGCUAAGAGAUCGCGCUCUGAAGUGGUGGAUAAUGAGAAGUUGAAAAGGAAGCUACGCGAUGCCGUAGCUACUGCUCUAGAGGAGCAUGGAGUUGAUCUUCAGCAUCCGCUGUUCACCACCUGCGGCAAAAAAUUGUUCGCCAUCUGCAAGACGUACGCUGUUGACCUCGUCGGAACUGGCCGAACAAGUGAACUUCUGCUGAACGUAGCAAAAGGUUAUGCUAAACAAGUUGUCGACUGUGAGCUUGCAUUGCAACGACUAAUAUCCUAGCUUCUAUAUCGCUGUUGUUUCAAAAUAUCUAUUAUAGUUGAUAACUAUAUCUGUUUCUGCGUAGUAAAUUACAAGCAAUACAAUUGUGCUGUGGUGCCGGUAUUUUCUCGUCUGAUGAAGUUCUCUUUUUUUUUUUGAACAAACUCAGAAUUGUUAAAAAAGUACAAGAUUUAUUCUAGUAUUGGAAAAACUUAAGCUGCGUUACAUCCGACCCAUGACAACUAUUAUCUAGGAAAGGAAAUCCGUUCCCCUAUAAAAUAUCUAUGGAUUAUGGUACAAGGAUUAGGACAACUCACCUGACAGUUGUGAAUUCGGGCUUAGCGAAAUACAGCUUCCUAGAUCAUAAGUGGUGAACGAAGGAAUUUCUUCGAGCGUCAAUUGCGAAGAAAAGAAGAAUGUAUGUUAUAGUGUGUAGAUAUUG